GCGGGUUUGCGGUGUGUGUGGGGCUCGUCAUGCGCGCAGGGCCGGGGCCGCCCCGGUGCCAUGAACAGCCAUGUACCGCCUGGCCCGGCUGUGUCCCCGCCUGUGUCCCCACAGCCCGCCGGGCCCCGCCGGGCCCCGCGUCCCCCGGCCCGCCUGGGCCGCGCUCCGGCCGCCGGUGCCGCUGCCGAUCCCCCGGGGAUGCGCCGCCGGCAGCUCCGCCAAGGAUGCACGUGAACCCCCCAAAUACACAGCCACUGAUCCCAGUGGGGAGAACAAGAAACUCAACAAAUCCCAGCAGCUGAAACAAGUUUUUAAAGAAUAUGGUGCUGUAGGGGUUUCAUUCCAUGUUGGAAUUUCAUUAGUAUCUCUAGGAAUCUUCUACCUGGCUGUGUCAAGUGGUGUGGAUAUGACUGCAGUUCUCCUGAAGCUUGGUUUCAGUGAAUCCUCCCUGCAGUCCAGGAUGGCUGCAGGCACCAGCACCUUCGUCCUGGCCUAUGCUGUGCACAAGUUGUUUGCUCCGGUCCGGAUCAGCAUCACAGUGGUUUCUGUGCCCUUUGUUGUCCGGUACUGCCGCAAAAUCGGGUUCUUCAAACCUCCUGCCUCCAACCCAUGAUGAUUUGUCACUGGAUUUGGGUUUUUAAAUGCUCCAUAUCCACAAAGUUUCUUUAAAAGACUUCCUUGGAUUCUAUGUUCGUGCUGACUUCACCUUGCAUUUCUGACUUGUUCUUUCAGGUAAAUGUCACUGUGAAAAAUGCUAUCCUUACCUUCUUUCCCUUUUGCCACCUCUCCUUUGGAAAAACCUGUUAAAAUGGUAUCUGGUUUGCACUGCAGCUAGUAGUAUAAAUGCUUUACAACGAGCAGUCUCUUAACACAUCCUGGGGCUUUACAAUCUUUCUUUUUGGGCCUUAAUUUUUUUCCUUGUCAGAACUGAGUCUCAGCAUUAGUUCAUUACUGUGUAGCUGAAAAACAGUAAGAUUCUUUUUCCAGUAGAAUAAUAUCCUACUACACAGGUAGUUCUUUUGGUAAGGGUUUAUAUUGGAAUCUAAAGUGGCAAGUGGAUGUUUUUUUUGUUAGAAAAGGGUUUUAUUAUGGCCUGUCUUGCAGUACAACACAUACACUGAACUAACUUUAGUGGGAGUACCCCUGUGAUUAAUUAUUGCAGUGAUAAUUGUUUUAGCCAGAAUAGGUGGUGCACUGGUCUGAAACUACAGCUCCAUUGUACUGCUUCCAUAUUCCAAGAUUUUAUUGUUUGAAAAUGUGUUUUAUUUAUAGGCUGGGAGCUGGUCUUACUGAACUGCUUUACUUUAAUUUUUUUUAUGCCUAUAGUCUCAGAAGGGAUCUUGAGUCUACUGAAAUCAGUGUAACCAGAGUUACCUCCUAUGUGAACACGCUCCAAAGAGAAUCAAGUCAGAGACAAGCUGUGGUGUUUUAAUGUCUUGAGAUCUGGCUUUGUACCGGAAACACAUUUUUAUCUUAAAAGUAACCCAAGCAGUUUCUGCUCCUGGGGAGGAGUCUUAAACCUGCACCCAAAGUCCAGACAUUCCAAUUCAUGGCUUCUGAGGAACAAUUCCUAUGGUUUUGACUGAGACUGGUGAAUGUACCAAUUAGAGCUGCUUUUCCUUUCCUUAUUCUAUUUUUCUGCUUCUCCUUCCACUUCUAUUAGAAUGUAGAUACACAUGUGCAUUUUCACAUUCCACCUUCCAACUAAAGACUGAAUCCCAAAACUGAGUAGUCAGGGUAGCACUCUGGGGUAAGCCUGGCUUUGAGACUCAGAACUGUGCUGGUGUGAGACAGGCUGAGCCAGAUCUGUGGUGUUUUGGACCUGUUCCUCCUUCCAGGUCUUUUCACCUUCUCUUUGUCCUUACACUGGCCCCAAGGUGGCUCUGACACAUCUGCCCAUAGAGGAAUUUGAUUAAAGUAAAAGAGAGGAAGUUGCCCUGAUGAUCAACUUUUUUUUCUGAAAUUUAGUGAAUUAAGAGGAAGGAAUCAUGAGAUGAGGAUGAGAGUUGGCUGAGGGAGAGAAAAAGCAAAUAACUUCUUGUUAUGAGCAGCCUAUUGCCAUAAAAUUAAAUUGCACCUUAACUCCUUCCUCACAUAGAAAGUCCAAUCCAGAGGCAGGUUGGAUGCACUGAAGUUCCCCAGCUCCAUCUGUACAAAGAUAACAGAAUUCCAGAAUAAGUAUGAGGCAGCCUUGUUUUCUUCAUUUAGAAUCAGUUCUGAUAAGUCUGUUUUGUCCUAAACUUGAAGGAAUAGUCAAAGCUUGUUCUUUCUCAAAAAUCACAUGUAAAGCUGGAAUCAGUUAAAGCAAAUGUACCUAAAAGUCAUUAGAAGGCUCCAGCACUAAACUAAUUUUCUUGAUGUAAAAACAAACAGCUUCAUAUAAAUUAUGACCAGAAUUCAGAUUACUUAAAAUAAAGAUGGUUUUAUAAACUACUAGCAAUUUGUUUAGAUGAAGGGGGUUUUUUGCAAAGUAUAUUGUAUAUUUUAAAUUAAUUUGAGAAUAUAUAUUUUGAAGUGCACCUUACAUCAAACCCACAGUUACCUGGAUUUCAAGUAUAUUAAAUAUUCCACAAGCUUCAGCUAGAAGUCAAGAACUUUAUGUUGCAAUUAGAGUGUAAGAAAACAGCCAAAUAAUAAUAAAAGAAUUCCAGAAUAAGUAUGAGGCAGCCUUGUUUUUUAUUUAGAAUCAGUUCUGCUAAGUCUGUUUUGUCCUGAACUUGAUAGAACAAGCUUUUACUCUUCCUUCUCUUUCUCAAAAAUCACAUGUAAAGCUGGAAUAAUUUAAAGCAAGUGUCAUUACAAGGCACCAGCACUAGUUUUCUUGCUAUAAAAAGAAACAGCUUCAUAUAAAUUAUGACCAGAAUUCAGAUUACUUAUAAUGAUGGUUGUAUAAACUACUGGCAAUUUGUUUAGAUGAAGUGUUUUUUUGGCAAAGUAUAUUUUAAAUUAAUUUGAGAAUAUAUUUUGAAUUCUAGAAUCCUUGCUUGUAAAAGGAUCAUUUUUUUAAAAGCGUUUGUAAAAUAGUGAAGACGACAUUGAAGUCUUAUAAUGAAAAUACAAUAAAUUGCUUUCUCUUA